AUGGAGAAACUUCUCAGUGUGUGGAUGCAGGAUCAGCAUCAGUGUCGAGUCCUGCUUAGCUUAAUGCUGUUUCAAGAGAAAGUUAAAAGCCUUUAUGAAGACUUGAAGAAGAAACAUGAAGAAGAAUCAGAGGGAACAUCUUUUAAUUCUAUUAGGGGCCAAGUGAGCCAUGGCCACAGCCACGGCCACAUCGGCAAACACUGGAAGCACCCAGAAGUCCAGGGUAAUGCUGGUGGCAUACAUCGCCACAGGAUCAACUUCAACAAAUACCACCCAGGCUACGUUGGGAAAGUUGGUAUGAGGCAUUACCACUUAAAGAAGAACCAGAACUUCUGCCCAUCUGUCAACCUUGAUAAAUUAUGGACCUUCGUCAGUGAGGAGACUUGGGUAAAUGCUGCAAAGAACAAGACUGGAGCUGCUCCUAUCAUUUAUAUGGUGCUAUCGGGCUACUACAAAGUUCUGGGGAAGGGGAAGUUCCCAAAGCAGCCUGUCAUUGUGAAGCCCAAAUUCUUCAGCAGAAGAGCUGAGGAGAAGAUUAAGGAUGUAGGUGGGGCUUGUGUCCUGGUAGCUUGAAGCCA